AUGCAAAUGACACAAUCCACUCACAAAAUCCGCUUUGCAAAUCUCGUCAAGGAUUUAAAAGAUGGUGAAAUUAAGAUCCCAUUCAAAAGAAUCAAACAUUUCACUGAUUUGGUUAGAAAGUUUAUGCUUCCGGGUGAUCAGUUUCCAGAGAAGGAUGAUGCUAUGUUAUGUCUCUGUACUGCAACACAACCGAGUAGGGCAGGGGUGAAGUUUGUGAGAUGCAAAGAGAAUAGACUUAUAGCUGACAUUAAUAAAAAAACAGAGCCUUAUCCCAUGUUUAAGGGUGUAUAUAAGAAUUAUUUGAAAUUGGAAAUCCCUGAACUGAAGGUACAAGGCAACACCGAAUGCAUUAUGAGAAAUGUCAUGGCUUUGGAGCAGUUUGUUUAUCUAGAUGAGCCUUUUAUCUGCUAUUAUGUUUGCCUGCUGGAUCAACUCAUCAGCACCACCCAAGAUGUGGAAUUUAUGAUCGACAAGAAAAUUGUUCACAACUGGCUAGGCAGCAAUGAGGAAGUGGUUUGCAUGGUUAACAAACUGUGUGACCAAAUUAUGGUAUCACGUAACUUCUACACUGGUCUCUGCCAAAGACUUAACCAGUAUUAUGACAAUCCUUGGAACUUUUUCAAGGCAACCUCAUGA